AUGGACCUAUUCAAAGUCGCAGACUUCUACCUGGAGCGGGUGGUGAACUGGCAGAACCGGGCAACGCUGAGCGUGGUGGAGCAAUCGCGGGUGCGGCUGCUGCUGCUGGACAAGCACACGACGGCGGUGAUCUCGGUGGUAACGACGCAGUCGGAGCUGCUGGCGCGGGAGAUCUACAUGAUCGACCGGCUGGAGAACGCGGAGCGGGACGUGAUGCGCAACCUGGGGUGCGUGUGCUUCGUGAAGCCGACGGAGGAGACGAUCGAGUGGCUGCUGCGGGAGCUGGAGGAGCCGCGGUACGGGAAGUACCAGAUCUUCUUCAGCAACACAGUGUCAAAAACGCAACUGGAGCGGCUGGCGGAGCGGGACGACCUGGAGGUGGUGGCGCGGGUGGAGGAGGUGUUUCUGGACUACGGCGUGGUGAACGCGGACCUGUUUGUGCUGGAGCAGGCGACGCCGCAGCUGCUGGCGGGGCCGGGGACGUGGCGGCCGGCGGGGCUGGAUGAGGUGAGGCGGAGCGUGCUGGCGGUGCUGCUGUCGCUGAAGCUGAACCCGCGCGUAGUGUUCGAGGCGGGCAGCGAGCUGUGCGCGCGGUUGGCGCGGGAGCUGCAGCACGAGAUUGACAAGAACGCGAAGACGCUGUUCGAUUUUCCAGCGCUCGACACGGCGCCUGUGCUGCUGCUGCUGGACCGGCGGCACGACCCACUGACGCCGUUGCUGCAGCCGUGGACGUACCAGUCCAUGAUACACGAGUACAUCGGCAUCCACGGCAACCUAGUCGACUUGAGCGGCGUAGCGGAGCUGGACGAGGAGCUGAAGCAGGUGGUCCUGUCGCCGAAACAGGACCAGUUCUUCCGCGAGACGAUGUAUCUGAACUUCGGCGAUCUCGGCGACCGCGUCAAGCAGUACGUUGCGCAGUACAAGUCCAAGACCAAGUCGAACAGCCAGAUAAACACGAUCGAGGACAUCAAGCACUUCAUUGAGAAGUACCCGGAGUUCAAGAAGCUGUCGAGCAAUGUGUCGAAGCACAUGGCUAUUGUGGCCGAGCUUGACCACCAGCUGCAGAAGAGCGACAUCUGGCAGCUCAGUGAGAUCGAGCAGAACAUGUCUGUCCACGAGGACGACAACAAUGACUACCAUGAGAUGCUCAAGCUUCUACAGAGCCCGACGCUGGAUUCGUACUACAAGCUGAAGCUGGCCUGUAUCUACUCGCUCAAGCCGAACCCCGUGGCUCAGAAGCUGCAGCAGGUAGCAAAGCUGCUGUCCGUGUCCUGUUCCCCGCGGGAGAUGGCAAUAUUCCACAAGUUCAGGGAGCAGUUUGGAGCUCAUGUUUCCCAGGUCAGAAAGAGCCCCGAGAACGACCUGAUCAGCGGUCUAAGCAAGAAGUUCAACAAGCUGAACCACAAUAGCGCAGAUAACGUCUACAUGCAGCACAAACCGAAGCUGGGCGCCAUCCUCGCCGACCUAGCGAAGGGCCGCCUCUCGCAGGACAUUUUCAGCAGCACCAGCGGAGCCCUGCCUACAAACAAGCCUGUGCAAGACGUGGUCCUGUUCAUCGUCGGCGGCGUGACUCUGGACGAGGCGCGGCUCGUGCACCAGUUCAACGAGAGCUCUCGACGCCAGGAGGGCUCGCUCAGAGUCGUGUUGGGCGGAAAUACUUUGCUCCGGACGCGGGACUUCAUCGACGAAUUCGAACAGCUGUAUUGCUCUGCUGGCAAAGAAACUGGCCUGGGUGACCUGUUGUGA